AGACCGCGCCGCGGCGCCACCGCCCCUCCUUCACUUCAGUGUGCAUCCGGGUCCUCGCUCUGGCCGGCGUCGUUCAGGGGUUAUUGGGUUUUGCUUGUUCUGUCUGAUCCAGCAUCAGAAAAGCAGUUGGCAGGGUGACAGGCAGUGUAGCUGCUCUGGAAGCACAGGAUCCACAGACCACAGGCUGCUCUGCUGCUGUCGCUGAGCGGGGGCUCCGUGUGCCAUCGCUGCGCUCCCCUGCCUGGUCCUGGCUUUGGAGACUGUCAGAGCCUAGUUCAAUGAGUGGCAUUUGACAGACCAUCACAAGUGUAUAGAGGUUUGAACUUCUUGUUCUGGAAGCUGUGCAUGACCAUAAUGAGACUUGUAAUUCUUGAUAACUACGACUUGGCUAGUGAAUGGGCAGCCAAGUACAUCUGUAAUCGCAUUAUUCAGUUCAAACCUGGACAGGACAAAUACUUUACAUUGGGUUUACCAACAGGGAGUACACCUUUAGGCUGUUACAAAAAACUAAUAGAAUACCACAAGAAUGGAGAUCUUUCCUUUAAGUAUGUGAAGACCUUCAACAUGGAUGAAUAUGUAGGACUUCCCAGAAAUCAUCCCGAAAGCUACCAUUCUUAUAUGUGGAAUAACUUUUUUAAGCAUAUAGAUAUAGAUCCUAAUAAUGCUCACAUACUUGAUGGAAAUGCUGCAGAUUUACAAGCAGAAUGUGAUGCUUUUGAAAAGAAAAUAAAAGAAGCUGGAGGAAUUGAUCUUUUUGUUGGAGGAAUUGGUCCUGAUGGUCAUAUCGCCUUCAAUGAACCUGGAUCCAGUUUAGUAUCAAGGACAAGACUAAAAACUCUAGCAAUGGACACCAUUUUGGCAAAUGCUAAAUAUUUUGAUGGAGAUUUAUCAAAAGUGCCAACUAUGGCUCUAACGGUUGGUGUAGGAACAGUGAUGGAUGCUAGAGAAGUAAUGAUCCUCAUAACAGGUGCACACAAGGCAUUUGCUCUGUACAAAGCAAUAGAAGAAGGAGUCAAUCACAUGUGGACUGUCUCAGCUUUCCAGCAGCAUCCACAGACCAUUUUUGUGUGUGAUGAAGAUGCUACUUUAGAAUUAAGAGUUAAAACUGUGAAAUACUUUAAAGGUUUAAUGCAUGUGCAUAAUAAACUUGUGGAGCCACUACACAGUAUGAAAGAAGGAAACUGAAGGAGAUUGGAGCAAAAUUCAGCUUGAAUGAACAGAGCAUUUUCAUAAGUAGUAGAUGAAUUUUCAGCUAUGCAACAUGAAAAACCAAGGGAAACCUUUAAGAUUGCCAUUUGAAGUUUAAUAUCUAUGUUACACAUUCCAUAUUCUGAAUGUGCCCACUACGUUUUAGAAGUAGUUGGUGCCUCUCAUUUGAUCAACUGCUUACUAAUAUAAAUUACUAAAGCCACUUAGGCACCUUUAAAAGAGCACAGGGGUGCGAUGUCUGCUUGUCCAUAUAAUUUUAAAGAUAAAGAUUCUGUGUAAGUACCAUUCGUUCUUAAAUUCUUUACUUUUUUAGUCACCUGAAGACUUCGUGCUUUUUCAGAAUCAGGCUGUCAUUGCAAAUCUUUACUUUUGGAAUGCAAUCAUUCUAUUUUCUGUGUACUACACAUAAGCUUCCUGCACGCUGUUGCCUUAGUCUUCUCCCUGCAGUAGUACAUGGACACCAAAAGUCCUGACAUAGAUUGUUGGUGCAGAGAACUAGAAAAGAUACAACAGUGCCUAAGAGUACAGUUUACGUCCUUUUGGAGAUUAUGUACAAGUGCAUGUUUUUGUGCACCUUCUUCUACAGCACUUUUUUUUUUUUU